GUAUCUAAAUGAAAUUGAAAAGGAUUUUUAGUUUUAUAGUAAAAUACUCAACUUUUAAUAUUGCUCCAAAUAGACAAAUUCAUGGCGUCUAAAAUAAAAAUCUAGUUGAACUUACUUCAUACCCCAAUUUUCAGUUAAAGAAUAAGUCAGUUACUCUUCUCAUUUUCAAAACCCUAUUGCAUAUAUGGAGCGAACCGUAUAAUGGGGUCACAGUUGUGGUGUCGAGAACUGAUAAUGAAUUUCAAUUUCAUACCCAUUAAACACUUGUUGCGUUGACAGCCUUUUGCGAUUACUUGAACAAAAACCUAUAGAGUAAAAAUAUAAUAUUCUUCAAUCUUUUUUGCACAAAAAAUAACUAUGUUGUUUUAAUGACCGGCAAGUAUAAAAUUGGGUUAAAAGUAGUACUUCUUCUUUGUUCCACAAAAUACAAUAUUUUGUCUACGAGAAGGAAAGGCUCACAACUAACAACAAUAAAGAUAUCUAAGCCUCUCAUGAAUAAGUUUUUUGUAUAAAGGAAGCUCCAUGUCUUUUGUAACCGUGUAGAAAAACGGCGAUAUAAAGGGGUGACAAUGUUCUCAGCCCUUUCAUAUCUUUCGGAAACUUUAAGAUGAAUGGUGAUAGUGCCAAACAUUAUGAAAAAAAACUUAAAACCGCGGAAUUUAAAUGUUUAAAACUAAUCAGGAAAAUAGAGAAUCUUAAACUAAAAAAUACAUUUGUAGCAAAGCUGGAACUACCUCAUAAAGUGCAAAUACCUAGUGAAUUCAGCAGGUAUUUUAAAUAUAUUAUAGGGGCUAGUGUGGUCGCCUUUUUGGGCUUUAUUAUGUCCUGGAUUUUUAAUCAGUUCUAUACUGAGAAUGACUGCAUUCUUCAACUGCCAUCAUCGUCUAAGUCUCUCUUUCGACCUCCAGAGGACUGUUCCAUGUGCAUAAACAUAAAGAACGUCACGAGACUAUCAGAUAUCACGGCCGAUGAAUUUGAGGAGCUGUUUGCGUAUACCACUAAACCUGUCAUUGUGACCGAUGCUACGAGAGAUUGGAGGGCGAUUAAAGAGUUUAGCUAUGAUUUCUUCGCGGACUUCUAUCUAAACGAGAAGAAAGGAAAGAGAAUCAAUGAUUGCUUCUAUUUUUCGUAUAAAUCUGGUUUGAAUUCUCUGGAAGAAGUGUUCACUAUGGACGAGAAACGCGCCAACCUCUCUGGUGAACCGUGGUAUGUUGGUUGGAGCACCUGUUACGACGAGGAGACCAGAAAACUAAGGAGUUACUACAGCCGACCUUACUUCUUACCAAAAACUGCCGAGAGUGAUAUGGUCGAUUGGAUCUUUAUGGGAGGACCUGGACAAGGGGCGCAUAUGCAUGUUGACUCAGUGCGUCACAUAUCGUGGCAGGCACAGAUUCGCGGUCGCAAGCAGUGGGAACUGGCGCCGCCACCCGAAUGUAUUUACUGGUGCGACUGGAUCACUUUUACUGUGGAGCCAGGGGAAAUACUGGUGGUGGAUACAAAUCGCUGGUAUCACAAGACCACAGUCCUGCCGGGAGACAUCAGCAUCACCAUUGGAGCCGAAUUUGACUGAUACUAUUAAAUUUUAAAACCCUCUUAUAAUUGUAAUGCCCCUACAACUAUUAUUUGCGGUACCAACUGUCACUAGAGGCAUUUUAGGUUUUGAGAAAAGAGCUAUCACAUCCGUCUCAGAAUUACUCCUAUCCAUGAACAGUGGUUAGCACUUUAUUCUAAGUACAGUCUAAGUGCGCCCCUACCUCUCUCUUGAAAAACAGCGGAUAAUAAUGCAGCAUGUUGUUUCUGCUAUUUAAGAUUAUUACUACUAAAACUAGCUCUUGAAUCUCUCUGUAUUUUGAUGAAAAUCACAUUAAAAUUGAUUACAUGUAAGCGUUACCGGGCACAUGGCAAGAGGAACAGAAAACUGAACCCAAGAAAUGGAAAUGAGGAAGACAACUUAGAAGGUGGAUAGACCAAAUUAAAGAAACAGCAGGCGGUACAUGUCCGAGAGGAAUGGCGGGAUUCUUUUGCCAAAAAAGGGCACACAGAUACCUAAAAGAAGAUUGAAAUAGAAACGUGUUUGAAUGUAAAAGUAUCAGUAGACACUUUCUUUUGCGAACUGUGGAAUUGACUACCGGUGGGGGUCUUCCCUUUGAGAUACGAACUCCAAGUAUUCAAAAUUACUCUAACUCCGCCAUCAAAGGCCGGCAACGCACUCACUAAUAGGUGACCAUGGGCUGCGAUGACUGCCACUAUUAUAUAUUAAAAUAUUAAUAUUGUUAAGUGUACUACUUAU